AAUUACCGCACACUGAUUUUCGGCGGUCACGUCGGCCUCGGCAUCCAUGUCCAGUGGGUAUCAUGAUUAAGCAAAAGCGGAACUAUCCCGACUGGACUUUAUCUUAUGAAAUGCACGCUUGAUAAUUAUACUCCAUCUUGGCAGUUCAUAUCUUCGUGAAACACGACAACAAUGGAAGAUGCUGAAAAAUCAAUGCCUGAGGCACCAGUCACAUCGGCGGACGAGAUGCCAGACCCAAAUCAGCGACCGGACUGCUUUAGAUCUACCGUUGAGGAGACGUUGUUUGUCUUGACUGCCACCAUGGCCGUUAGCAUGACAAGUUUCCUACAAGGCUUGGUCAUAGUAAUAUCAUCGUUCGCCGGAGCCGAUCUUGACAUGUCAACAGCUCAAAUUACCUGGAUCACAGCAUCCUCAUCGCUUACCUCAGGAGCAUUUCUGCUUUUUUUCGGCAAGGUCGCAGAUAUGUUUGGACGCCGGGCAAUGUUUAUCGGCAGUCUAUUCCUGUUCGCCAUCUUCGCACUCGUUACUGGGUUCUCGAAGAGCGCUAUGGCACUAGAUGUCUUGAACGGUGUACUUGGGCUUAUAUCUGCCGCUGCCGUACCUCCGGCGCAAGGUAUCCUCGGAAAUGUAUACGAGAAGCCGUCGAAACGCAAGAACUAUGCCUUCGCCUGUUUCAGCGCUGGUAACCCCCUUGGUUUUGUAUUUGGCUCGAUCUUCUCUGGUAUUGCUACGCAAUUGUUCGACUGGCGGGCUUCGUUCUUCCUACUUGCAAUAAUCUACUUGGUGUUCAGCGUAAUUGCCGUCUUUACGGUCCCAACCGAUAACACCUCAAAGCUACCGUUCACUGUUGAGUCCCUGAAGAAGUUCGAUGUUGUCGGGACUGCAUUGACCGUUGGUGGCAUCGGCUUGUUCUCAACCGCACUUAGCCUGGGUGGUGAUGCUGUAAACGGGUGGACCACACCAUACGUACUGGCAUUCCUGUUCAUCGGUGCUCUCCUCCUUGUUGGCUUCGUCUUUUGGGAACUAUACUACGAAUAUCCACUUGUUCCGAUGGGAAUAUGGAAGGACAGAGAGUUCUCACUGUUGAUGGGUAUCCUCCUGCUCGGCUUCCUCGCCUUUCCACCCAUGGACUUCUGGCUCGCACUGUACAUGCAGCGCGUAGAAGGAUACUCCGCUCUGCAGACUGCUGUCCACUUUCUACCUAUGGCUAUCAGUGGGACUUUAGUCAAUAUUGUAGCAGGUCUUAUCUUACACAAAGUGUCAAACAAGUUCCUCAUGGGGCUUGGUGCUGCGUCGUACACAGUGGCAUUCCUGCUACUCGCUGUGCACCGCCAUGGGAAUUCGUAUUGGGCAUUCAUAUUCCCUGCUUUGAUACUGGUUGUGUGGGGCGCAGACUUCGAGUUCAAUGUGGCAAAUAUGUAUGUCAUAUCAUCGCUCGACAAGUCGCAACAGUCUAUCGGUGGAUCGAUCUUUCAGACCACAGCCAAGCUCUGCGUGACUGUCGGUGUAGGCAUUUCGACUGCCAUCUUCAAUGCAGUCUCGGAAUCGCCAUCUAAGAGUGGGUACUAUGCUAACAAUCCGUAUGAGCCGUAUGCUGCUGUUGCCUGGUACUGUAUGGGCUGUGCUGUCAUCAGUGUGCUGCUUGUGCCAUUCUUGAGAAUCAAGACUCAGGGAUAGUCGUGUAAUAUAGAGCAGGAAGACCGUUCGUUAAAGCAGGGCAUACUUCACCUAGAAACAAAUUCAAUGGU